AUGUCCCAAGAUCAUACGAAGCUUAGUUAUGAUCUUAUCUGUCAGGAGAUCUUGCCUCUUAUCAACUGUGACCCGUCUUUGAAGGUGAAGACCAUAAUCUCGCAUAUCGUUACAGCCUACAACUAUACUCCAUCAUACAGAAAGGCUUGGAUAGCGAAAACAAAGACGAUUGAAAUUGUGUACGGCAAUUGGGAGGAGUCAUACAAAACUCUUCCAUGUUACCUAAUUGCGCUUCAAACGUAUGCCCCAAACACCGUCUCUAUUCUAGAGACACUACCAGCGCAUGCUCCGGAUGGAACCCGUGUCCAAGGAAAUGGUAUAUUUCAUCGUCUUUUCUGGGCUUUCCAACCUUGCAUACGAGGGUUUGCAUAUUUUAAACCGAUACUGCAAAUCGAUGAAACUUGGUUAUAUGGUAAAUACAAAGGAACCAUGUUCAUGGCGGUUGCACAAGGCGGAAACAGCAACAUAUUUCGAGUAGCGUUUGCAAUAGUGGAAAGUGAAACUGUCGCGGCUUGGAGUUUCUUUUUAAGGAAUCUCCGAGAACACGUUGCUCCUCAACCCGAUAUUUGUUUAAUCACUCAUAGGCAUGCUUCCAUUGAAAGUGCUUACAACAAUCCAGCGAACGGAUGGCACCUCCGGAAAACACUGGUCAAUGCGGGAUAUGCAUUAACUCAGCCUACAUUCCAACAUUAUCGGAGUGAAAUUGUUUUGCAAAAUACGGACGCAGGAAGUUGGAUUGAUAACCUUUCCAGAAAAAAAUGGACCAGGGCUUAUGACAACGGCGUGCGAUGGGGCCACGUGACAACAAAUCUAGUAGAAUCCAUGAACGGUGUUUUUAAGGGCAUCCGAAACCUUCUGAUCACUGCACUAGUGGAGCAACCUACUUUAGGAUGGCUUCGCUAUUCUCAACAAGAGGUCAAAGGUGGAGUGCUGUUAGAGAAUCGGGUCAACUGUUUAGCGAGAGUUGCAUGA